CGUGUUAUCUUAUCAGACAAGCCUAGCGAUCGUUGGAACUUCAACUUCAAACUGGAGGAUUAUACGUAUUUUACACUUGUACAUCCAAAGAACCUCCUGCUAUGGCGUCUCAAGAAGACCUUCGGGACCUACUACGGCUUAUGACUACGGGCCGUAAUAAGGUGCCUAUGAUGGCUGCCAUGGGACGCGUCAAGUCCUUGCAAGCAGCCAAUAUCCGGAGCAUUGCCGAUAUUGCGAAAUCUGACCUUGCACAAGUGACAGAAGCCAUCAGUGACGAUAAAGCAGCGAAGCAGUUACAUACAGCAGCUAAGAAUAGCAUCAAGGAUCCGUCCAAAAAACGUGCGGCACUCGAGGGCCUUGUGUCAACCCAAGCAAAGCGCAAUAAAUCUGCAUAUGAGCUUGAUUAUGAGCCGCAAACCCCAGAGGAACUCGAGGCAAAGCUCGAACUUCCUACUCCUUCGUCUGAUGAAGAGGAUAUCAGAAAAACGACCAUAGUGACCAACCGUGCGCCUCUGGUUCUAGCAUUCGCAGUCGCACUGUUGAAGUUUACCAAGCCAGAGCAACCACUAUCAAGCAGACUGAGCCUCGCACAAGCGGUUGUCAGUGCCAACUCGAGGAGUAAAGCAGGCAGCAUUGGAAUUACAAAAGGUACGAGCGCCGAAGAUGAUGGGUGGGGGCAAGGACAGCCCAAAGUGAGGAUUAUGGGACGGGAAGUACACGUUUUAAAACGAGAUGGGUACUAUGUAGGAGAUUCUGCUGGAAGCAACAGCAAUGAAGAGAGCUCGGCAGCAAAUAAUGGGAUAGAGAUCCCAGGGUCUGAUGAAGGCCAUGAUUCCACAAAUGCCGCCCCUGAUGAAAGAGAUAAUACCACUAUGGAUGGUUCACGCUGGGCUGUAUCACAAAGCGUUACACUCAAAAAGUCAACCUUUAAUGCCCGAGCUAUUGGGAUAAAAUCAGCAUCUGACGCUAGGUCUCUGAAGCAGGAACUCAUAUCAGGAACUCAUAUCAGGAACUCCGAGCUACGAGAUGCGAGCCAUAAUAUCACGGCAUGGCGCGUGCAAGGCGACCACGGCGGAGUCAUAGAAGAUUGCCACGACGAUGGUGAGAGCGGCGGAGGCCGUCACAUCCUUGGAAUCCUGCAAUCUAUGGAUCUUGUCAGUAUUCUCGUGGUAGUUACGCGAUGUUAUGGCGGGAUUAUGCUUGGAACUGAUCGAUGGAAGCUGAUGACACAAGUGUGUCAUGAUGCACUCUCGCAGCGCCUUCGUGUCGCAGGAACCAUUGGAAACGAAGCAUUAUGGGGCUUAGAUCUUGAGGCUAUGAGGUCUACGAAUUCAUCUGGAAGAAGCAUAGGUGCUGGGUUGCCGAUUCAUGAGCCUGACGGUGGUAGGUCAUAUAUCAUGAAAGCAUUUGCACCAUCUGGGGAUGCAACCACCAAGAAAAAAACUGGAGUUGCCUUGGAGAGAGAGAAAGAGCGAAACCUAGGGCUUCUUUUUGGAGCUCUGGAACUUCUGUUUGGUUCAUGGGUCGAGCAUAUUGGUGCUGACGAGCUAGAUAAGAGAGCAUGGUUGUGGUAUGUUCAAGUCAGGCCAGAGGUAGAGAGUGGCGCUGCGGGAUGGGGUGGCAAAGGAGAAGUGAAGCUUUCAGAUAUACUUGGUUUGCGACGUAAAGGAUAGGGUCCGUAGAAUGUAUAAAACUGCUCGAUAAUUUUGCACUUGGCACAGUAUGUUAUCCGUUAUUAUAUUUAUU